ACGGCUUGAAUUGAAUUUUGUUGCAUAGAAUGAAGGAUAAAAUUGACGAAACUGGCUGGCCGCUCACAUAGUUCAAAUCGCCCGCCAUUUCGCUUCGAAUCGAAUGAUUCAAUCAAUCCGGAACGGCCUCUUGCAAAGAACAGGCAACACGCUGAGUGAUCUCAUAAAACCAGAAACAACAAAAGUUGUUCCGACCAUCAUCGCAUCUAUCAUCUACAACAUCGUCCACCAUGGCUCGAACCAAGCAAACUGCGCGCAAAUCUACUGGAGGUAAGGCUCCCCGAAAGCAGCUGGCGACCAAGGCUGCUCGUAAGAGUGCUCCUGCUACCGGAGGAGUCAAGAAGCCCCACCGAUACCGCCCUGGUACUGUUGCUCUCCGUGAGAUCCGUCGCUACCAGAAGAGUACUGACUUGCUGAUCCGAAAGCUUCCCUUCCAGCGUCUUGUCCGUGAGAUCGCUCAGGAUUUCAAGUCUGAUCUGCGCUUCCAAGGAAGUGCCGUCCUAGCUCUCCAGGAAGCCGCCGAGGCCUACUUGGUCGGAUUGUUUGAAGAUACCAAUCUUUGCGCCAUCCACGCCAAGCGUGUUACCAUUAUGCCCAAGGACAUUCAGUUGGCUCGCCGCAUCCGUGGAGAGCGAUCGUAAACACGCAACAAUAUAAACAAAAAACAAACAGGUGAUUUUUAUCACCACCCACACCAACAAAGCCGAUUCUCAAUCCCUGCGUCCCGCAUCAUUUUUGUCCGAUUUCCAUGCAUGAACCCUUCGAGACUCGCCGUGUGCACGAACACGCGUCCAGUCCAGAGUCUAGUCUAUUACUCGAAUCAACGAUGGGCAGGAGCAUACCAUAGCUGUGUAACCAUAACCAACUAGAUUUUAUUACUUCCGU